AUGCCAGGGACGAUCCCGUUCGAGACGGAAUCGCCCCGGCAUUUGUCCGAGUCUUCGGUGCUUGCGCAAGAUAUGCCCGUAGUGGCCGAGACGGAGCCGUCCGCAACGGAUCCCGGUGUCGAGGACGGGACGGGCCACACAACCGAUUCCGGGCCCGAGGCACCCACGACUCCGCCCCUGUCCGGCGAGGAGGCAGCGCAUGCGCUGCCGAGCACGCGGGAGCACAAGAAGCGCACGUUCCCGCCCGAGGAGCUGAUUAUCGUGCAACCGUCGCUCAAGCGCCAGCACCACCACCCCUACAACCUGCAGAUCCAGCUGUUGAGCCGCACCGUGCGCUCCAACCCCAACAGUGAUUCGGGCCACUCGGAGAGCCGCUCGCGCAGCAACUCGGGUGCGAGUCUGCAGCCGUCGCUGGGCCUCGGGCGCUCCAACUCGAUUUCGUCGAUCCGCUCGGGCGCUUCCGACGCCUCGGCGAGCUCCUCGACGGCGACAGCGCGCCGCGCGAUCCCGCUGUACAACCUCGACUUUCACCAUAUCCGUGCGACGCACAUUCUCGAUGCGGGCACCGACCAAAACGUGGCGAAGUUCACUCGCCGCGGCGUGGAAAUCGACAACUUUGGGCUGCUCCAGCCCCAAGAAGUGGUGUACCGGCACCAGACGCGCGCGGCCUCGGGCACGUCGCCGAGCAACGUGCCAUCCGUAAACGUGUCCGAUGCCGAGGGCCCGCGCCGCAGCUUUGAGUCUGCGGCGCCGUCCGAAGCGGAGCUCGGCACGUCUCCGGACGAGCCCUCCAAGGUGCUCCGCAACAAAUUUUUCCAUCGCAUCCGGCGCCUCGGCGAUCAUUUGCGCGGCAACAAGGAGGGCGAAGGGCAGCCGACCCUCACGCGCACGCAGUCGAUCCGCAGCGUGACGCGCACCAACACCGCGCCGACGUUUGAGGCGCUGCGGCUCAACGAGCCGCAAGACGCCGCGCAUUCGCCCCUCGUUUCUGCGCCUGCGCACUCCACGCCGUCGGUGCCCCAGCUGACCCCCGGCGCGGGGAUUGCGAAUGGCAAAAUGACGACGGCGUAUUGCUGGGAGAUCAAGCGCCUGAGCCGCCCCAGCGAAGGCGAAGACGUCAACGGACACGUGCACAUUGUGCACGGUGGCAAAAUGAACCCCAUUCUGGCGCGCAUCUGGAAGCAGUUUAAUGUACACAACCGCGCCGGUCACGCCGUGCCUCCGCCGCCCCCGCACACGAUCUUGGUGCGCUUUGAGUGGGUGCGCGAGUACGAUGUGCCGACGUCGCCCGGAAGCGAUACGACGGGCCUUCCCCGCUCCGAGUCGCGCUCGCCGCGCAGCUCGCCAACGCGCACGCUCGUCCCCGACGGCGAUACGACGCCAGUGGCAGAGCGCAAGCGCCAGGUGAGCGGCGACCAAACCUCGACGUACGGCCGGCGUACGUCGGAAUCCAGUGAUGUGGAAGCCGAGAUGCAAUAUGCCCCUUGGACGUGUUAUCUUGUUUUGGACGAUGCUACACGUAUUCCCGUCGGCCAGCUGACGCCGGCGCCCCACCACCCGCUGGUGGUGUGCCAGCUGAAGUUGCCGAACCCCCUCCCCGAUCUGCGGCACAGCGGACUGGGUCCGGACGGCCGCGGCUUCUCGCGCGAGGAGCUGCGUGACAUUGUCGUCACGACCUCGGUCCACCUGGUAAUCCGCGAGUCGCUGGGCAGCCUGCAGGCCGCGCCCUAA